UUCAAAAGGUUGAAAAGAAGAAGAAAAACUCAACCAGACGAUUGGGCCAUAAAUCACCCGGUAGCACUCAAAGUGACUCUAAAAUCCUGAAAGUCAAUAAUAAAAAAACAAGUGAAAUCAUGCAAGUGAGUACAGAAGAAAAAAAGUUAUGGAUUAAUAUGUUAGAAAAAGAUCUUGAUUUAUUCAAUCAAGUGAACUACAUUGAUAAGAAAAAGGAUCUGAAAAAAAUACAGGCUCGCGAAAAACGUUGAAAACUCGCGGAAAAAAAGAAGGCCGACUUUAUCGCUCGCGAAAAACGUCGCGAACUAGCUAAGGAAAAACAAAGACAAUUUAGAGCUCGCGAAUCAGAAAAAAAUCGAUCCAAGGACAACACAUCGAAGGAUAUCAUCCCUGAGCCCAUGAUGGAAUUGGAUUCAUCGAUCGAGAUCAUUCCCAGCACUCCAUCAGUCAUCAAUUUAAUCCUGGAACGCGAGGGUGAAGAUGCUCAGCAUGGAUCAUUGAAUUUCGCGACCUCAACCCCGAAAAAACCGCGAAAAACUAUCGAGGAAAUCGAGGCCGUUCUAGUCGCGUUGGGCGCGAAUCUAGAACAAAGGAAUCGCGAGGACGAUUACGAAGGGCGAUGGGCUCCAACGCAGCGCCAAAAAGAGCUUGAUCAAAUUGCGAUGCAAUUGGAUCAAAGCGGGGAUGAUGAUGAUGAAGGAUUGGUCAUCCAGAGUCUUGAUUUCACCCCGUUAUCACCCAGUAACCGUUCGGGCUAAAA